CGCCAUGACCUUUAGUCUGCCCCUCAUCUCUCUCUCUCUUGACUGCGAUAUUUGAUUUGAUUUGAUUCCGUUGGGAGGGAGCGGAAUGGAACCGCUGUCCCGCUUAUCCCCGGCUGUUUGGCCUUCACCUCCUUGCUUGCUCGCCAAUUCCGCGGUUACAAUUUUAUACUUGUCGACUCAUUCGUAACAGAGUUGCGCAAUAUUUUGAAUUCCCGCGAUCAUGCCCGCUCCCCGGAGCGUGCGACCGCUGUUACUCUCAUAAAACGGGCGGCAACACCGCCUAGUCCCAACUUCUAUACGACUUCCAAUAUCUCCAAAGUCUUUGAAAGUAAGCAAAGUAGCAUUGACAUCAUGCCAGCCACCAAAUUCUCACACCCAGACCCUUACUCCUAUCAGAAUGGAUUCGACUCUUAUCAUGAGUCAGAAGCCAUCGAAGGAGCCCUCCCCGUAGGCCAGAACUCUCCCCAGAAGGCUCCAUACGGCCUCUAUGCCGAAAAGCUGUCUGGCACGGCCUUCACGGCCCCUAGGCAUGAAAACAAGCAAACUUGGGUAUACAGGAUCAUCCCUGCAGCAGCCCAUGCGAACUUCAAGGCCGAGGAUGCCGACUCCUACCACACCCGCAUGACUACCGAGACCACCAAACUGCAUCACAUCCCUAAUCAGCUCCGAUGGAACCCCUUUGAUCUGGAUGAGACCGUAGACUGGGUACAUGGACUGCAUCUUAUUGCGGGGUCCGGAGAUCCCACCUUGAAGCAAGGACUGGGAAUCCUGAUGUAUGCGGCUGGAAAAGACAUGGGCAAAGAGGCCUUUUAUUCUGCGGAUGGGGACUUUCUGGUUGUCCCACAGCAUGGCGUGCUGGACAUUCAGACCGAACUGGGAAGACUCAUCGUCCGUCCAAAUGAGAUCUGUGUGAUUCCCCGUGGUGUCAGAUAUCGUGUGACUCUGCCGGCUGGACCGGUAAGAGGGUACAUCUGUGAGCUCUACCAAGGCCACUACCAACUCCCGGAACUGGGCCCUAUUGGCUCAAACGGUCUCGCCAACGCGCGGGACUUCCAAGCCCCUGUGGCUUCUUUUGAUGACGAGGAGGGGCCAUCCGAGUACCGUCUGUAUAGCAAAUUCAACAACACCCUUUUCUCCGCUCGCCAGGAGCACACUCCGUUCGAUAUCGUCGCCUGGCAUGGCACCUAUUACCCAUACAAGUAUGACCUUGGUCGCUUCAACACCAUCGGCUCUAUCUCCUUUGACCACCCCGAUCCUUCCAUCUUCACAGUCCUCACCGGCCCUUCGGACCAUGUUGGUACCGCGAUCGCCGACUUUGUUAUUUUCCCACCGCGCUGGCUAGUAGCCGAGAACACUUUCCGUCCGCCAUGGUACCACCGUAACACCAUGUCCGAGUUCAUGGGUCUGAUCUGUGGUGGUUACGAUGCGAAGACCGGCGGUGGCUUCCAGCCAGCCGGAGCUAGUCUGCAUAACGUCAUGAGCGCGCACGGCCCCGACUCGGAUGCUUUCGAGGGAGCCAGCAACGCUGAGCUGAAGCCACAAAAGGUCGGCGACGGAAGCAUGGCGUUCAUGUUUGAAAGUUCUCUCAUGGUAGGAGUAUCUGAAUGGGGACUGAAGACGUGCCAGAAGGUACAAGAGGAGUAUAACGAGCAUAGCUGGCGGCCCUUGAAGCGACACUUCAAGAACCCCAACAAGGCCUGAUGAUAAAAAAUAAUUAUGUACCACAUAUUUGUAACCAUUGAUUGUCAACUUGGCAGAGAUACCUGUUUUAUCCAAGUGAAACAUUGAUUUGUAUAUUUUAUUGAACACAUAGCCACUCGUAAGAAUGUCAAAUGUCUAGCAUUGAACCAACAAAUCCAGCCUUUACUAUAUAACUAAGAUAAAAAGAAAAGACCCUACCAAACGUCCACGGUUUCACAUAUAUACACCACCUUCAACCCCCAUAAGUAUCCACUCCUCAUCCCCAAAAACAGACACAUUUUAACCAAAACAAUCCGUUGAUUUACAUAUAUACAUACAUCACCCCUAGCCCCAAAUCACCU